UCACUCCCCUCUCUCUCCUCAUCCUCUCUCUCUCACUAAAACCCCUCUCUCUCUUGAACGCACUCUCUUCAUCUGUAAUGGCCGAGAUGCCGUCGAACAAGCGCUCCCGGGAUGAGCUACCGGCGUCGGUGGCCACGCAGAGCGACGACGGAGAGGCCGCAAAGCGGCAGAAGCCGUAUGACGACAUCCUCUCCCUCUUGGACGAGGAAGAAGACGACCCCCAGCAGGACCUGUCCUCCCUCAUCACGACCCUCCAGCAGGAGCUCUCAAGCUCCACGUCUUCCUCCGGGUCAUCCUCCCCGGCAGCCGGUGACGCGAAGGAUGGGCCGGACGGCGGGGAGGACGAGAGGGAGAGGGUGAUGAGGCACCUGCUGGAGGCGUCGGACGAUGAGCUGGGGCUGCCCAGCAUAUCGGAGAGCGGCGGCGAGUCGGGGGCGGAGACAUUUGACGGGGUGGCCCCGGCGGAGGGGCUGAUGGGACUGUGCGACGGCGGGCUGUGGGAAUUGGAGGACGAGGCGGCGAACUAUUACGCCUUGUUGCAGUCGGAGCUCUUCAUGAUGUAGUCCUUAAAGCCGAACCAGACCAGACCGCUAAAUUGAUUAAUUAAUUAGAAUUAAUUAAUUAAUCAGCUCAUUAAUUUUAUUGAUUAGCCCAAACAUAGAAAUUAGGGGAAAGGUUAUAAGGUCAGAUUAGGUAGAUGGGGUGUGACCUGGAAAUAGUUGGAAAGGAGAGGGAGAAAAUGGUAAAAAAGUGGAAGCUGAUUUUUGGUUUUCAAUUUUUUUAUUGUUUAGACUCUCUCUUAUCUCUAUUGUAAAUGACCAGAUGGUGGCCCUAUUUAUUUAGAAUUAGAUGAUUGAAUUAAUUGUUGAAGAAAAAAAAAAGUGAAUUAGCCCCAUAUUUCCUGAUAUCCUAUUUUUUUCUUCUUAUUUUUUUUUAAAAAAUUUUGAAAAAGGGUCAGUCGGGGGAGAUUCUUGAUUAUUCCUAGUGAGAUGAGAAAGUAUCAAAAUAUUUUAACAGGCGAGAAAAUUCUUCAGUAUUCCGAUUUCGUGUGGCCUAUGAAAGUACAAAUAGGCCCUACAGCCUCGUACGAUGUACAGCCUUGGCUCCGACUUGCACACAAAAAAAAAAAAUGUGCGAAGAGGUUGUUCAGUGUUCCUAUGUCGUAUGUCGUGUGGCAUAUGAAAGUAGUAAUAGAUUGUAUGGCCUUGUAGGGCGUACAGCCUUGGCUCGGACUUGCACAUCAAAAAUAGAAAGUACUAAUAGGUUGUACUGACGAGAAAAUGAGCGGUAAUUGUACGAUUAAUUGUCAUAAUUAUUUUAAUUUUAAUAAUCGUAUUAAUUA